CCUUGAGGUUCUAAACUUUGUUGCAGAGAGCUAGUCAUGGGGAAACAGAACAGCAAACUGCGUCCCGAAGUGCUGAACGACCUGCGCGAGAACACAGAGUUUUCUGACCACGAGCUUCAGGAAUGGUACAGAGGCUUCCUCAAAGACUGCCCCACGGGCCACCUGACCGUCGAAGAGUUCAAGAAGAUCUACGCCAACUUCUUCCCGUAUGGCGACGCUUCCAAGUUCGCCGAGCACGUCUUCCGGACAUUCGACACCAACGGCGACGCCACCAUUGACUUCCGGGAGUUCAUCAUUGCGCUGAGCGUUACGUCGCGCGGCGGCCUGGAGCAGAAGCUGCGCUGGGCCUUCAGUAUGUAUGACCUGGACGGGAACGGUUACAUCAGCCGGGCUGAGAUGCUGGAGAUCGUACAGGCGAUCUACAAGAUGGUGUCCUCAGUGAUGAAGAUGCCAGAAGAUGAGUCGACGCCAGAGAAACGGACAGAUAAAAUCUUCAGACAGAUGGACGUAGACAAAGACGGCAAACUCUCUCUGGAGGAGUUCAUCAAAGGUGCCAAGAGUGACCCUUCCAUCGUCCGGCUCCUGCAAUCUGACCAGGGGACCUCUCGCCAGUUCUGAAGACAUAAACACACACAUAGUUCUGAAGACAGGAAAGUGGAGAUCACUGUAUCAUCCCCCAUCCAACACACACACACAUAGUUCUGAAGACAGGAAAGUGGAGAUCACUGUAUCAUCCCCCAUACAACACACACACACACACACACACACGAGAAAGAGGUGGAAGAGGCACAGUUGUCAUUACAACACUCAUAUCAGGCAGCCAUUUUUUAUUCUCUCAUUCCAUGUCUUGUUGUUUACAUCAUCAGUAGUUCCCUAGCCUGAUCCCAGAUCUGUUUGUUCUCUCUAUUGCAUGGAGUUGGCUAGACAGAACAAACAGAUCUGGGACCAGGAUAGCAGUUUCCAAUAUCCCAAUGCAGCGGUUUCAUGCAUUCUACAGCGAUAUAUGUUUUGCAUCAUGAAACAAAUUUUACACCCACAAUACCACUGAAUAGACUUAUGACAUUUCCUUGCAAAUGUUUUACUUAUUGUUUUAUUUUUGCUUGCCGUACUUUAGUCAACGUGAAGUGCCAUAUCUAAAUAUUUGUACUGAAUGUAUUAUUACACUAAGUAUUAUGACUUUUUCCCCUGAUGUGUCAUGGUAAGAAGAAAUCAACCAAAACCAAUAUUUUGUACGUCAACCUGGAGCGGCAGGUAGCCUAACAAUUAAGAGCGUUGGGACAGUAACUGAAGGGUUGCUGGUUUGAAUCACCGAGCUGACUAGGUAAAAAAAUAAACUGUCGAUGUACCCUUGAGCAAGACACUCAUCCCUAAUUAUCUGCUAAAUUACUAACACGUAAAAACCAUGGGUCGUCUCAUUGCGACCUUUUCUCUAAAUGUAAUAUUAGUUAGGCACAUUCAAAAAUGUUUUUCACUUUAACUAUACCGUUUCUGCAGCACAGGAUUUUUGAAAAUGAAUGUUUUAAUACCCAACCUGUACAGAAAGUUCCAGUGUUGUAUUAAAACCAGUAUCUUGUAA